AUGGCCACUGAUCCCGUGCGUCCUAGCACGCACACGCGAAAAGCGAAGACGCAAACCUCGCCAGAUAUGCGCGUCCCAAGGCGGAAGUUUGCAAAUAAGAGGGCUCCGCUCGCGUGCCAAUUUUGUAGAAAGAGAAAAGUGCGGUGCGAUGCUGCAGUACAUGGCCAGCCGUGCUCGAAUUGCAGGCAUGAUGGGUACACGUGCGAGAUGUCGGUCAAGAAGGAGAAGCCCCCUAGACUAACAGACCUACGAACAUCACGACCAGGGGCCCAAAACGGACUUCCAGCAAGGCAGCUUCACGCCUCCGCGAGCCACUUCUCCUACUGCUCGAGCGAAGUCUCCUCAUCAGCAGCCAGCUUCGGCGGUGCAAUCGUCAUCCCAGAGUCCGACUACGAGCGGGACACCGACUACGGAACCACCUCUUCUGCGUCCACAACAUCAAUGCCUCCGCCUAUGAACCCAUCCCAUAACUUGACGUCCGACCUUCCACCGUACAUCCGCCCGCUCUCCCCAGAUCUCGGUCCGGAUGAAAUCUCCUAUCUCCGCAAGAAAGGGGCGCUGACAGUGCCGGAGAAAUGGCUAAGGGAGAAGCUGAUGCAGUGCUACAUGGAAUGCGUGCACUGGCACGUGCCCGCCGUCUCCUUGUCGAAGGUCGUAGAGACGAUUCAACGAGGCGAUGGCAUGACGGGGAAGAUCAGCUUAAUGCUUCUACAAGCCAUCAUGUUUACGGGUGUGGGAUUCGUGCAAGAAGAGCAUCUUGAGGCGGCGGGGUUCACAAGUCGGGAGCAUGCGCAACGGGUUCUGUUCAACAGGGUCAAGUUGCUUUACGAUCUCGACUGCGAAACCGAUCGCAUGACGGUCAUCCAGUCUCUCCUCCUCAUGGCCUUCGGCUGCAGCGGUAGUCUCGAAAAGCACGAGAAAGAUACCUGGCACUGGCUUGGCAUUUCCACUUCUCUCUGCUACGGCUCGCGCCUGAACCGGUAUCCUGGGAGCGGUUUCAUGACUCCCGAGAAGCGGAAGCUGUGGAAGCGUAUUUGGUGGUCCUGCUACGCACUAGACCAGAUGACGGCGUUGCGGCUGCACCGCCGGCCCCGGAUCCACAGGCAAGACUUCAAUGUGCCGAUGCUGACGUUGGAAGACUUCGAGGUCGAGGGGCUGAAGGGGACGUUAGGUGGGAACGUGAAGCAAUGCGCAGUGAUGUAUGUGGAUAAGGUAUAUCUGUGCUUGCACAUUGGGUGGCCGGAGCCAGAGAGGCUGGAGAAGGGGAAGAGGAACACGGUGGAGCAGGGUGGUGGGGAGAUGUUUGCGGACAUGGAAAUGUUCGCGGACUUGGUAGAGAUUCCGGGAGAGAGUGCGGAUUGGGAGCAAGGGUUGGAAUGGGUAGCAAUGACAUGAAUGUGAUAGUUGGAAAGAAAAAGGAGCAUGGAGUGAUUUUAGGGGGAAUAGCUUUGGAUAUACCCUUGAAGUUAUUAUGUCUACAAAUUUCACAG